AUGGAUACUGAAGAUGGAAACACGUUCAUAAAAGUAAGCCCCGGACCACAUGGUCUCCUCGACGCCGCGCUGACGCUGAUUUCCACGCAGAACCUUGCCUAUUUUGUCCGCACUCAUGAGAAAGCGCUAGCAAAUGCCCUGCAACUCAAGCGCACAGCUCCCAAGAAUGCAUCCGGAAGCGCUCCAGCAGCCGGUCCGACGUCUCCCACGACGAACUCUUCGUCCACUUUCGCCGCUGCCUUGUCCCUGCCAUACCUGAACUUCUCCUCGCAUCAUGUCAAGGCUGCAAAGUUGACUCUGACCCCACACCAUUUGUUCUAUCUCCUGUCGCGGUUCGAGGAGAUGGGAAUCCCAGUGGGGCCUAUGAACGUGCGACUCGAGAACAUACAUUCGGAUGCUUCGCCAACAAACUACGUGUCAUUCUUGAGCCAAGCCCAGAGGAAGAAAAGUGGCCUGUCCGACCGGGACUCGAUCCACUCAGUUAACAGCAUGCGAAGUGCCAUGUCCGGGAUGUCCUCCCUGUGGGCAAACUUUGGCCUCUCCUCUAACUCGGCAGCCAAAACCGAAAAGCAGAAGGCGGCCAUCAAGGAAGACCUCAAGUACUUGUACUCCGCUUUCACCAAGAUCCCGUGCCUUCGUCUCGCACCCGACCACAAGGCUCGCCUGAUUGCUGGCUAUGAGGAGUUCCCCUUCGACACUGCCGUGCCGUUGUUUGUGUUCAAGAACCUGAGUGCACUCGAAAUCAUCGAUGUCGACUUCCGACAGUUCUACGGGUGGGAUCGCCUAGCCGAGCAACUCCGGAGUUUGACGAUCAAACGUGGGGGCGUAGAGGAGCCUACUGACCUCUUGAUCAACAUUGUUCUCGAUGAUGCCGAUAAGCGACGAAGGAGAUCCGCCAAGGCAUCGCCUUAUCCUAUGUUUCCACCCGGUUCAGGCAGUCCGGGCAGCAAGGACACGGACACUUCCAGAUCAGCAAUCUCUCCGCCUUCGCCGACCAUGUUCGAUAGGCGGUCAUCCAUCGGCAGCCCUCAUAGUGUCGCCAUGGCAAGGCAAGGCUCUUCCGGGUCGAAGGGCCAUCGCGCCAGGCGUCGGAGCAUUUCUCCUUCUAGGCCGAAGAGCGCAAGACACGCCUCUUCAUAUACACAUGCUCGCAACAGCACUCCCAAUCUUCGGCGCUCCUCCGGUAGCUCAAACUCAAGUGCGCGAUCGACGACGCCGCGGGGCAGCUCCUCCAACCUCCUUGCUCUGGGCGUCCUCCCUCCAAACAAGUGGAGGUUCCUCAGACAUCUGAGUCUGUCAGACAACGGGUUGACGGCAAUCUCUGCCAGCAGCCUUGCUCCGCUUGCGAGUACUCUUCAGUCGCUUGAUCUCUCUUCGAAUCUAUUUACCGAGAUUCCUGAUAGCUUGGCCACCUUAACCUCCCUUAGAGCGUUGAAUCUCUCAAACUGCAUGAUUGAGUCUCUGCAUUCGCUCGUCAGGAAUCCGUUGCCGGCGAUUACCACGCUUAACCUCCGCGCGAACCGGCUUGCCUCACUUGCUGGGAUCGAGCGUCUGUUCUCCCUCGAGCGUCUAGAUCUCAGAGAGAACAGGCUGACGGAUCCUACGGAAAUUGCUCGGUUGACGGGCAUCCCGGAGAUCCAGGAAAUCUACGUCUACAAGAAUCCCUUUUGCAAGACCCAUUCCAAUUACCGCAUUAUGAUUUUCAACCUUUUCCGGAGCUCCCCAGGAUACACAGAGGACAUCGUAAUCGACUCGACUGGACCCGGCUACAGUGAGCGAAAGCAACUGGUGGAUCGAGUGCCAGAAAACGCGAACCCCCCUGUUAUCAAGCCACGGCCUGUCGAAGGCAUUCUCGCAGAGGCCGGUGCUAAGCCGGUCCAGGCUCCAGCCACGUACAAGCCAGGUGAAGAGCGCAAAGUGAACACAGAAGGACCACCAAGCGCGAAGCCUGAACGGGUCGUUGGAUCGAUCAAGAAACGGAAAGGCCCCAAGCGGCGGAUCGUGGAGUUGUCGCAGAACGACUCAACACAUCAGCGGACUGAUUCUGCGAUGAUGCCACCGCCGCCAGUCCCACUCGACGCCCCAUCGGCGGACAGCACUUACGGCGGAAGCCCCGAAGCAACUCCAGCUCGCAAGACUCUCGCUCCCGCUGCACCAAUUUCGGGCAACCAACAGCUCCCCCACAUUGAUACCACAAUCACCUCGGCUCCGCUCGGUGCGGAACUGGACUUCAGCUCCAUGGUGUCUGGAGAGGCCGGUGUGAAUGGCGAUCUUUACAAGAAAAAGAUUGAAGCGCUGCGCAAUGACUUCGGCAGCAGCUGGCUGAGCGCGCUGAGCGACGAGGCCUACCAAUCAAACCCCGCAUUUCCGGAUCGAAUUCAAUCCGAAUAG